UGACGGGGGUUGAUGUCAUUUAAAAAACGUAAACAAUAGAAAUUCACGAUGUCGACGCCGAAAGUUGAAAAAGACUUGCAUUUACCAUUAUCUAGAGUGAAAACUAUUAUGAAAAGUUCUCCAGAUGUUGAAGCUGUUGGUCCUGAACCUUUAUAUUUAGUUACCAAAGUCACAGAACUCUUCGUAACGGAUUUAGCUAAGAGAGCAUUUAAAAAUAGUAAGAACAACUUCUUGGAGUACAAACACAUUGCAGAAGUAGUGCAAGAAGACGAUACGUUAGAUUUUUUACGGGAAAUAAUGCCUAGAAAGAUAACCGUGAGGCAGUUUAAAGAGAUGAUGGCGAAAAAGGCGGCAAAAGGCGAUCUAUCUGACGAGGAGUCGAGCGAGCAAUCGAGUGAAGAGUACAGCACUGAUGAGAGCACGAGUGGGAAGGAGACAAAUGAUCAAGACUGACGAAGGAGUAGUUUAUUUAGGUAAUGUUUUGCAUGAUCUGGAAUAUGUAUGUCAAUAAUUGUCACUGUUUUUGCCGAAGUUUUGUGUAUUUCUUAGACUAGAAUACAUUGGAUCUUUGUCAUCAUUUUAAUGUACAUGAGAUGUAUCUCUAUCCAUUGUUGAUGUAUGAAUUCUCAUUAGUUAAAUACUUUGGUGAAAUUUUUAAGUGAUUGUUUACAUUGAUGAAGUGAGUAUAAAUGAAAUGAUUUGAUUCUGUAAUAUUUAAUUAAAACAUACUUAUGCCCACUCCACAUUCAUUCUUUAUCAUUCCAGGUAAUUUUUAAGGUAGGUCACUUGCCAUUACCCUACUUAAAAGCACUAAACCAAACUUAUGAUUUAUUUAUAAAAUUGUGAGAGUAGCGAUCCAACUAAAUAUUAUUUCGCUUGGUAAUCAAAGUUGUUUUUAUGUAGUGGAUCCAUAAAAAGCUUAAUGUCUAUCAUUGCUGGCGCAGUCUGUAGUACUUUAAUCAAAUGUGACUUUUGUCACUUAGAUUUCAUGGUACUGUAACAAUGAAUUUUAAAGGAUCUUACGUUUUAAAUAAAAUUACACAUACGAGUACCUACAACAUGUUUUCUUCAUA